CUCUCACUAUAUGUAUAGCAGAAAACAAUGUGGCCGCUACCCCCGAGUAGAGGAGGCGAAGCGAAGAUGCCAUCGCUGCCUAGCUACAUCUUCCUCCUCACCUCUGUCACCCUCUUCCUUCUGCCCCAACCGGCGAUGUCCUCCACCGACGCCAUCAUCCGGCUCCCUUAUGGCGACGAUAUCAUCGCCGAGACCUGCCAGAGAUGUGGCGAGAACAACCAGAACGUCGACUACGCCCUCUGCGUCGCCUCCCUCUCGGCCGACCCCUCAAGCCACGACGCCAGCCUCCACGGGCUCGCCCUCAUCUCCGCCAAGCUGGUGCAGGCCGGGGUGGCAGGCAUGGACUCCGGAAUGGCAGCGCUCCAGGGCAAGGAGACAACGAGGUCGACAAGGUGGUCCUGCCUCAACGCCUGCAUCGACGUGUUCCGCGACGCCAUGGCCGACCUCGACGACUCCAUCGCCGCCAUCGAGGACGGGAGGUACGCCGAUGCCGAGACGAAGAUGACCGCCACCACCGACGCACCGGUUACCUGCAACGACGAGUUCAAGGAGCAGGGAUUGCAGCCGCCCAUGGAAGGGGAGAGUCGGCGCCUGUUCCAGCACGGCGUCAUCUCCCUCGCCAUCAUCUCAUUACUCUGAAUAACAGAUUAUAUUGAGCAAAUGUCACUAGCAUAUAUUGCUCUAUUCGGCAUACGUUGCUCUAUAAAAGUAUGUAAUAUGACUCUUUUAUCAUCUACUCCAUGUUGCAAGCGACAGGCAGUAUGUAUACACAUAUCAAGAUACCUGUUACAGUCGUGGAAACGAAGGUGCCAAUGUAACUGACAUGUUACUUAUUCU